AUGGCGGUGCCGGUCUUCGCGGUGUUGGGGGGGCCUCCGAAUGGUCGCGCACAGCCAUUGCAUUGGAAGACAAGGCAGAACAUGGCGCAGUCAGACGGCUGGAGUGCGAGCCUGGCGUUCGCUUGCAUUCACGUUUUGUUGCAUUGUUCUGAGUUGUUUUUGGAAUUGUUUUUUUCCGACUCACAGAGUCUGUGUGUUUAUCUCGUACUCUGUGUUUGCCGUGUGCGCGUGCCGUCGGCGGGUUGCAGGGGGGGGGGUGGUGGAAUUGAGGAUCGUCAGGGGGGGCCAACGGCGGGGUUGGUUGUGGGGUGCGGCCCGUUCGCGGGGCGGGGGUUUUGGGGGGGGGGUUUUGUUUUUGUUUGUUGUUUCGGGGGGGGGGCUUGUGUUUGGGGCCGGAUGGGCCGCCGGGGGCUGUGA